AUAAAAAAUUAUAAAUCUGGUCAUGAUUUUGAACGAAUUAUUGGAAAAAUUGCAGAAGCUUUUGGUUUAUUAGCUUAUGAAAUUAAAGUAAUGCAAGGUGAUCAUAGAAUUGAUCUUAUUGUAACUUAUAAGGAAAAACUUAUUCUUGUUCAAUGUAAAAAUACUGAAACAUCUAUAUCUGUUCAAAUUGUACAAGGAAAAAUAGCAACACCUAGAGCAAAACAUUGGGUACAAACAUCCAAAAGAAAUAUCAAAAUUUGUAAUGAAGAUCAAUUUGUAGGAAUUAUUAAGAAUUUCUACAAAUCAAAUAAUGAUAAUUAUGUAGAAUUAGUUAAUUUAAAAGCAGAUAGUUUUAAUGUAUUAAGUUUAUUAGGAGAAAAUUUUAAUACUGAACAAAUUUUUCUUUUCGUAAACUUUAAAACAAUUGCAUACAAAAUGUCAAAAUUAUUUGAUGAACAAACUCAAGAACUUGCAAGAUUGAAUGCAUUGAAAAUCCAAUUGGAAGAAUUGGAAGAAUUCGAUUUCAAAUAUUACAAAACCGAAUUCAAAACUUCCAAAAAGAAAAUCAUGAGAAUUAUUAAUUAUAAAUUAGAUCCU